UAAAUUACACACUCGUGAACUAAUUAUGAAGUCAAUAGGACUGAUUCUUUCUCUAAUAGUUGGCAUAUUGUGUGCACAAGUAUUUGCUGAGGACACUACUUCAUUAAAAUAUGACAUUUCUGCUCUACAAAGCGCUAUGGGCCGUGUUCUCAAACGUCUGGAUGACAGGGACACCCAGAUUAAUUCCCUUAAAGAUGACGUGGAACGUCUAACAUUGCUUCUCGCCGACCAAGACGCAACAAUAAGUGAACAGAACUCCCGGAUUCAACAUCUCGAGGGAAUAAUUCGCAGUAAGAGCGACGAAAAUCAUAAUACGUCAGACGCGAUUUCUGGACAGGGGCACGUGUUAUCGUCAGGAUCAGCUGGCAAGUCAGCUCCUGCCCGCAAGGCAGCGUAUUACAACGCUUACAACAGGAUGCGCCGGGAGUACAUGGGAAGCCCCGUCGCUUUCCUAGCCACGUUAGCGAAUUCCAUCACGCACGCUGGAGCACUUCAGCCAAUCGCCUUUGAUCGUGUCGUUACGAACGUAGGCGGUGCUUACAACGUACAUCUGGGAUCGUUCGUCGCCCCGGUUUCCGGUAUCUACGUGUUUUCUACCACCUUACUUAGUUAUCCAGGUCAUACGACACACUUCCGAUUUGUCAAGAACAAUCAGGCCGUCAGUCACUUGUAUCUGAAAACUUCGCCAGGUCAAUACGAAACAGUGUCGCAGACAGUUGUUCUCCAGCUCAACAAAGGCGAUGAUGUCACGAUCAGAAACGAAGACCCAGAUGAAGCAUUGCAUGGCGACAACUACAGUACCUUCGCUGGCUUUCUUAUCUGGGAAACAGAAAACACCCCGGCAAUCGUUGGGUAAUGACUGCACUAUCUAUUCGAAUAAAUAAAAGCUUGCAUAUGA